AUGAGUGAAAAUGAGGGGGAUCUCCAGCGAGAUGGGCUGGAGGCAGCCGAACCCUGCGGGGCCAUUUCGGACUUUUUCGUGAGGGAAGCUUCUCCUGCGGGCUGCGGCCAGGAAGCGUCCCGUCCGAGGCCAGGCCUUCUCUCCCCAGAGACGGGGCUGGAGAAGAGUUCUCGCUGUGGUUUUCGCAAGCGGAAGGAGACAGUGGUGCACCAGCGAGCAUUCAUGGGAGAGAAGCCCUACAUCUGCAUCGAGUGCGGGCAGAGCUUCAACCGCAGCUCCGACCUGAUCCGCCACCAGAGGAUCCACACCGGGGAGAAGCCGUACAUGUGUGCCGACUGUGGCAAGAGCUUCAGCCGACGCUCCCACCUCAUCCAGCACCAGCGCGUCCACACGGGUGAGCGGCCGUACCAAUGCAAGGACUGCGGGAAGAGCUUCAGCCAGAGCACCCACCUGGUGCAGCACCAGCGCAACCACACUGGCGAGAGGCCUUAUGUCUGUGCCAAGUGUGGGAGGAACUUCUACCAGAACUCGGGCCUGCUCCGCCACGCCAACUUUCACACGGGCGAGAAACCCUACAAGUGCCCCCAGUGCGGGAAGCGCUUCAGUGACAGUUCCAACCUCAUUGCCCACCAGCGGCUCCACACGGGCGAGAAGCCCUACAAGUGUGCUGACUGCAACAAGUGCUUCAGUGAGAGCUCUAAGCUGGUCAUCCACCGGCGCGUCCACACAGGUGAGAAGCCAUAUUUGUGCCCUGACUGUGGAAAGAGUUUCAGCCAGCGCUCGCACCUUGUCCAGCACCGUCGCACCCACACUGGGGAGAAGCCCUACAAGUGUGCUGAGUGUGGGACCUGCUUCAGUGACAACUCUACCCUCAUCCGUCACCGUCGUACCCACACUGGGGAGAAACCUUUCAAGUGCUCCCACUGUGGGAAGAGCUUCAGUCGCAACUCCUACUUAGUCUCACACCAGCGGGUGCACAUGGGAGAGAAACCCCUUAGGUGCUGUGACCAUGGAAAGGGUUUUGAUGGGAAUUCUGACCUGACUCAGCAUCAGCUGGUUCACACCGGAGAGAAGCCUAAUCUGCAUGCUCCUUGUGGGAAGAGCUGGAGCAAGGAUUCAUCCCUUACUCAGCAUCAAUGA